AGUACUUUAAAAUAAAAUAUAUUUAUUAGAAUAUUAAUCAAUAGGUAGUCUAAGAUGUCCUUAGAUACUGAAGAGGAUGUUUUUGCUGAUUUUAAGACUCCACCGAUAUUUGAAGAUUUGAGUGAACGUCUUAAAGAUUAUUUACUUAAGCCAGAAACGUUGGCAAUUCACAGAUGGGAACGAUCACAAAGUCAUUGGCACAGAACCCCAGAUAUUGAGUCGCUGUUUAAAAUUGAUGAUGAUGAUCUCGGUCCCGACACCACUCUUGAGGUAGUAAGAGACUUAGUUACUGGCGAAAUAAUAGACUUGGAGGAAAUAAAUAUACCAGUUGAUGAUGAUGAUGAGACAUUAUCAAUGGCUAGGGCGCCACUGCCUCCUAACAUGGCCACCAGAGGAACUACCACUCAAAACCCCUUCCUGCCAGCUGGCUUCGAGGAAGAGCUGCAAAAACUACUUGAUGAUGCUGCUAAAUCAGCAGACAUCACAAUUGAUACUGAAUCAGAAGAACCUGGAAAAUUUUUGGGGGAAGAACUUCUAACUACGCCUCCAGGGUGUGAAGAGAGCAUUGUUUUUGCAGACGAUGGCUAUACGCUAUUAAAUAAAGUUAAUAAAGAUGAAUCUCAAAAAAAUGCGGAUGAAGACAAUGAAGUACCUAUCAAUAUAAAUCUUGAAGAGGUUGUACAUAACAAUGCACAUUUAGCAGGUCUCUGGCAAGAUGAUGAUGAUGUGGAAGAGAAACCAAAACCAGCUAAAGCAGUUGAAUUAUCAGCUGAUUCGGAUACUGACGAUGACAACUUUCUAGAGAGUACAGUGAUCAAACCACCUGUAGAGCUUCCUGAGAUACCAAUUCUAAACAUAACUGGAUCGUCGGUUAGGACUGGAGUUACUUCUACUGAUUGGGCGGAAGUUAUAGAUGUAACACAACCGGUUCCAGAAUUUAAAGAAAAAAUCAAAGAUCUAGCCCAUGCAUAUCCAUUUGAACUGGAUAAUUUCCAGAAACAAGCUAUACUAAAACUAGAAGAAGGUCACCAUGUGUUUGUAGCUGCUCACACCUCUGCUGGCAAGACUGUUGUUGCAGAAUAUGCUAUUGCUAUGUCCAGAAGAAAUUGCACAAGGGCUAUUUACACAUCACCCAUAAAAGCAUUAUCAAACCAAAAGUACAAAGAUUUCAAUAAAAUGUUUGGUGAAGUUGGACUCUUGACUGGUGACUUACAAAUCAAUGCUACCGCGUCUUGCCUCGUCAUGACGACAGAAAUUCUAAGGUCUAUGUUAUACUGUGGCUCUGAUGUCACUAGAGAUUUGGAGUUUGUCAUAUUUGACGAAGUUCAUUACAUCAACAAUGCAGAGCGUGGCUAUGUAUGGGAGGAAGUCCUGAUACUGUUACCAGCACAAGUGAGCAUCGUGAUGUUGAGCGCGACAGUACCCAAUACUCUGCAAUUCGCCGACUGGGUGGGACGGACUAAGAAACGGAAAGUGUAUGUGGUGUCAACACCCAAACGGCCUGUACCGCUAUGCCAUUAUUUAUACACAGGGACCGGUGGUAAAUCGAAGCACGAAAGAUUCCUCGUCGUAGACCAAGAGGGCAACUUCCAACUCCGCGGGUACAACGAAGCGGUCGCGGCGAAGAAAGCCCGCGAGAACGACAACAAAAACGCCUUCAAAAAGAACAUGGCGCCGGCGGGCAAACAACAGUUUCUAAACCCCAAAGCGGAGCAGACCAUGUGGGUGGCGUUCAUAGACCAUCUCAAGUCCAAAGACAAGUUACCAGUGGUUGUUUUCACGCUGUCAAGAAACAGAUGUGAUCAAAACGCUGAAAAUCUUAUGUCUGUAGACUUGACUGAUGCCAAAGAAAAAGGACACAUUCGUUCAUUCUUUGCGAGAUGUCUACAAAGACUGAAGGAACCUGACAGAAGAUUACCUCAGGUGGUCAGAUUAAAAAGAGUCCUAGAGAACGGAAUCGGUAUUCACCAUAGCGGCAUCUUGCCGCUCUUAAAGGAAAUUGUAGAAAUGCUCUUCCAAACUGGCUAUGUGAAGAUCCUGUUUGCGACGGAGACGUUCGCGAUGGGCGUGAACAUGCCGGCGCGCACGGUCGUGUUCGACGACAUCACCAAGUUCGACGGCGUGCAGUCGCGCGCGCUCGCCCCCGCCGAGUACAUACAGAUGGCGGGCCGCGCCGGACGACGAGGUCUUGACGACACGGGUACGGUGAUAAUCCUGUGCAAGGACAGCGUGCCCGACCAGAUGACUCUCAAGAGCAUGAUGCUGGGCAUACCACAGAAGCUGUCUUCCCAGUUCCGACUGACUUAUGCUAUGAUAUUGAGCUUGCUGCGAGUUGCAACCGUCUCAGUUGAGGGUAUGAUGCAGCGCUCAUUCCGGGAGUUCCACCAGAUGUGCCAAACGGACAACUACCGCAAGCAGCUUCAGUUAGCUGAGAAGGAAUACUCGGAGAAGUGCAGCACCCCCCUCCCCUCGCAUUUGACCCCCCUCGCUAACUUUUACGACACGGCUGCAGAAUACAUAGACAUACUGAACGAAGUCAUGCCGAUCCUCCUCAGUCAGUCUAAAGUGGCUAAAGAUUUGGCCGCCGGAAGAGUGUUGAUACUGUCAGCUGGGCCGUAUAUAAACCAACUGGGGAUAUUCCUCAAUGCCAGUGGUCCGCGACAGACGCCGUACAAAGUGCUGGUGUUGAACACCGUAGAACAAGACCCCACGCGGUACAACUUCGAAGUCGACGAAAACUGGUUCAGGAUGCUCAGUUUUACCGAACAGUAUAACAAAAUAGGCACAGAAGAAAGCACUCUCGACCACACAAUCCUAUGCCUCGCGCCGAAGAACAUUGUAGCAGUCACUAAACUAAACUUUAAAAUUGAUGCCAACAUCAUAAUACAAGACUGGGAGCAACGACAAAUGCCAAGGUUCAAAGACGCCCCCGUGGGUUCGACGUGCGCGAAGGCGGUGCAGGAGUUGGCGCGCGCGUCGCACUCCGCGCGUACCGGUGCCGCGCCAGACAUAACACCACUCACGCAGGGCCUCGCGGUCACGUCUGGGGAGAUACUCAAGUCGCUGGACAAGAUGAAUCAGCUACAGGCAGAAAUCGAAUCGCUACGAAAGAGCACGGACAUAGCGAAUUUCAAGCGGGAGUUCGCCAUCGUAUACGAGCGUAAGCAAGCCGAGAGGAAAAGAGACAAAUACAAGCGGUUGCUCUCUUUCGAGAAUCUAGCUCUCUACCCCGACUACCAAAGGAGGUUGUGUGUUCUCAGAGAACUGAAUUACAUAGACGAACACGACAGCGUUAUACUCAAAGGCCGAGUCGCUUGCUGUAUGGGCACGAAUGAGCUUAUAAUAUCAGAACUCGUGUUCCGAAAUGUGUUCACGGAUAAGACGCCUGCGGAAAUCGCGGCGCUGCUCAGCUGUUUCGUGUUCCAAGCGAAGACGAGAGUGGACCUCAUACUUCCAGACAAAUUGGCGGAGGCGGUGAAAACGAUACAACAGAUAGAUCAGGAGCUAACUAAGAUAGAGUCUAAAUACAUGGUUGGACAGUUCGAGGGCCAAGCCGAAAGACUGAACUUUGGUUUAGUCAGAGUUGUGUACGAGUGGGCGCUAGAGAAACCCUUCUCCGAGAUCAUAGACCUAACAGAUGUCCAGGAGGGCAUCAUCGUACGAUGCAUACAACAACUUCACGAGCUGCUAGUCGACGUGAAAGACGCCGCUGUGGCGAUAGGUGAUCCUAAAUUACAAGCUAAAAUGAUGGAAGCCUCGACAGCUAUCAAAAGAGAUAUUGUAUUUGCUGCUAGCUUGUACACUACGCAACGAGAGACUACAGUUUCAUAAUCAUGG